AUGGCCGGCACUUGUCUGACUGUGGCCCGACACAGAAAGAAGCCCAGAGAUGAUACGUUUCUGGGAGAAAUGAGCUUGAAAAAUUGGGUCAAACAAUCUUUACCCGAUUCAGUCACUCAAGUUAUUGAUGCCAACUUCCUAAGAAAUGAGGAAGAACAAUAUGCAGCUAAGAAAGAUUAUGUAACCUCCAUUCUGAGAUUAGCCCUAGAAUGUUCUGCAGAUUCACCAGGAGUGAGGAUAGGUAUGCAAGAUGUUCCUGCUUCUCUGGAGAAGAUCAAGUUAAAGUUUAAGAAAGAUGAAUUGAAAGCUUUGGACAGUUCAAGUAUUAAGUAUGUAAUCAUUGACAGAAGUAUGAUUCUUGCAGUAUAUUUGGUAAUAGUAUCAGUUUUUACCCCAUAA